AUGGCACCAACAACAACAUCUCCUCUCAUCAUCACUCUCUUCCUCCUCUUCUCCAUCUCACUCAAGUCCCACUGCUUCAAAAUCACGACUCAGCUCAUCCACCGCGACUCCUACUUCUCUCCCCUCUACAACGCCACCGCGACCACCGCCGAUCGGCCAGCAAGGAUCAUCGAAGCUACUCUCGCCCGCUACGUUCAACUGAUCUCAUCUUACGACGACAGGCCUCUGGCUGUCGACAUCGUGGCCCCAGGGAUAUGGGGGAUCAGGUUCAACAUAUUCUACGUCAACUUCUCCAUCGGCGACCCGCCGGUGCCGCAGCUGGCCGUGAUGGACACCAGCAGCGACUUGUUGUGGGUGAAAUGCCCGCCGUGCAGUCCUUGGGGUUGGCCAUGGUCGCCAAAGCACUGCAAGUACAAAAUAGACUACGCGGGCGGCCAUAGUUCCGAGGGAGUCUACGCCACCGAGCAACUGACCUUUCAGACCUCCAACAAUGGCUUCGUGACCACCAUCCCAAAAGCCUUCUUCGAUUGUUCUAGCAAGCAGAGUGGGUCGGAAGGUCUUGACCCGCACGUCAAUGGAGUUCUAGGAUUGAUGGCCGGAGCCGGCGGUGACGAUUUCCCUGAUGGACAAUUCCCUUUGGUAACCCGAUUGGGCACCAGCUUCUCAUACUGCGUAGGCAGCCUUUCCGAUCGUUACUACCCUCACAGCCACUUAUCCUUCGGCGACGCCGUCGACCUGAUCGGCGGAUCGACUCCCCUGUACCUCGAAGAGGGCAGGUACUUUGUUCACCUCUCUGACAUCAGCUUGGGUGGCAAGAUGUUGGACAUCAAGAAGGAAGUGUUCACGAAGAUGGCAUUGAGGAAGAAGAUUGAGAUGGACAGUGGGUCGGAGCUGUUUCUCCUGUACACUGAAGCAUUCGAGGUUUUGAAGGAAGAGAUUGAGAGGCUGGCUUUCUGGGAGCUGAUGACACCGGUCUUAUCUCCGCCGAGCCCUUUGGAGCUCUGUUACAAAGGGAUGGUGGAGAAAGAGGCUCGAGGGUUUCCGGCGAUGGGGAUUCGGUUCGUCGGCGGGGUUGAGUUAGUUGUGGAUCGGUUUGGGGUGUUCUUUCAGGUUAAGGAUGAUGUUUUCUGCUUGGCUAUUGUUAGGUCAAAGGGUGUGAGUGUUAUUGGGAUGAUGGUUCAACAGGGUUACAAUGUUGGGUAUGAUCUGAAAGCAAUGACUGUCGACCAGGCCAGUUUUGGAGAUCGAAAGGUGCACCACGCAUAA